AUGUCUGGAAACCAAUCGCAGAACACGAACAACGAGCUCCUGGACGCCGUCCAGCAAGCGUUCAACGACAUGGAAAGCCGCGCCAGAGUCCUGCAGGCCACCAUGCGUGAUACCGUGGAGAGGCGCCAGCGACAAAAUCCCGCCAGCGGCAGUGUGAGCACCCAAAGCACGGGCACCCAGACCGAUCGCAGCCUCACCCUCAACGGCUCGCAGCUCGACUUCCUCGAGGGAAGGUUGAGGUCAUUGCAGACCGUGCUCUCGCUCUGGGCAAGGGUUUUGUCGCUCAGUAUGGCAGACAAGGCUCGCAUCGUCGCGGUCUCCAGCAUUAGUUCCGCGAUUGCGGAACAGCUCCAGAUAGAGUUGGGACCCAGGUUGGGCGAGCUCGUGCAGCAAUUUGCUGAUAUCGGUAUGAUGGGCUGGGUCAACCAGGAGCGUAGCAGGAUUGCUGCGGCCAGGGCAGAGCGGGAGGGUUGA